AUGGCUGAUUUUGAGGCUGAUCUGUUUGAUCUCGCCGGUGGCGACUCCGAUUCGGAGGGGUCGGUCGUCGACCGCAGGAGAUCAGCGUCGCCCCCGGCGAAGAGAGGCGCCUCCAAGGCGAAAACGUCGAGACACGAUGCGGAUGCCGACUCGGAGGAGGAAGGUGAAGCCCAUUCAGGGCCGGGCUCGCCCAACUCUCUCGACUCGGCGCCCAUGGACGAAUCAGACUCAGACGACGAGCAGCCGAAACCACGCGGCCCCGAACCUGGUGGCGCCGGGACGGAUGAGGAAAAGUACCCCGUAGACGGCAAGUUUCGAAGCGAGUCGGAAAAGGCAGAAAUCAGAGCCAUGCCCGAACUGGAGCGCGAGCAGAUCCUGGCAGACCGCGCCAACGAGAUUGAGCGACUGCGGCAGAACCGCCUGCUACGGCAAAUGGUUACGGAGACGCAAAACGACGAGCGCAAGGCUAAGAAGAAGCGCAGCGCCGACAGCGCCGACCUCGAUGAUGACGAGGACGAGGACCGCCAUGGCAAGGCGUCGCGACGCGCUGCUACCGCCACCGGUGGCACGGCCAUGGACGCGCUGCGCCGCGCGAGGGCCGACAGGCAGAAGCGCAGGGAAGACCACGAGCGGCGCCGCGACGUCUACUCGCCGCGGCGGGGAGACUCGGAUGGCGAGGCGAGCGAGGACGACUACCGGCGCGGCGGCGGCUCCCGCACGCCGGAGAAGAAGGACGAGAAGAAGGAUGAGCCCAAGCCGGAGCUACGCGACUAUGAGCGGGUGUGCUUUACGCCGGGCUUUGAGCCUGCGAUUACGGGUUGCUUUAUUCGUAUUGCCCUUGGCCCCCAUCCCGACACGGGCAUCGAGCAGUACAGAAUGGCCAUCAUAAAGGGCUUUACUACCGGGAGAGCAUAUGCACUGAGCGGUCCUAACGGGACUUUUGUGACAGAUCAAUAUGUCAAGGCGGCGCAUGGUAAGGCUGUCAAGGAAUUUCCUUUUAUCGCUGCCUCGAGUGGCAAAUUCACAGAGAACGAAAUGAACCGCUACCAAGUAACAUGCCACAAUGAAAACGUGAAGACGCCGAUCAAGACGGUCCUCAACAGCAAGAUUGACCAAAUCAACAACCUCCUCACCCACAACUGGACCAAUGAGGAGAUCAAGGCGCGCGUCGCCCGCCGUAACGAGCUGCGCAAGCGCUUUGACCCAGCGGAGCGUGCGCGUGUCGCGCGUCUGCUCGAGGAGGCCACCGUCGGCGGCGACGACGACCGCAUGCAGGAGUUGCAGGAGGAGCUGGACAAGCUCGGCUCACAGCGGUUGGCCUUUAAGACGAGCCUCGGGCCGGCCAAGUCCUCCGCGUACGACAGUAACGGGGGUGCUAUUACGAAGAUGUCGACGGAGCAGGACCGCCUUGCGGCGCGCAACAAGGAGAAUCGCCGCAUGAACCAAGAAGGCGUGCGCAAGGCACAGUUGCGCGAAAAGGCCAGGAUGCGUGAGAAUGAACUGUCGCUGAGCCGCGGCGAAAUGGUCAAGGAGGACCCGUCGCGGCGUCUGCGGACCAAGGCCAAGUUUGUGCACGACGUGAAUGAGACGGUCGCCGGCGCGGACGGUGGAGGAAGUAAAGCGGCGAGUGGUGUGAGCACGCCGGCGACGGCCAAUGGGACGCCGACGGUGGCGCCGAUCAAGCCGGGGGCUCUGCUGCCGCACCUGGCCAAGUUGCAGGACAGAAGCCAGGCGGACAGCAAGGGCCUGCCGAUGAUUCACAAGCCGCUCAUGGAUGAUGACGUGAUUGGCUCGCUGGAUCUAGAUAUUGAUAUUGAUAUUUAA